AUGAAUGGACAGUUGCUGGGAAAUACACCUGGCAAAUCGCCAUAUUAUUUAGACUUAGACCAUGCCACAACAAACUCGAUACAGUCGCAUCAUACUACGCCGCACCAUCAUGACAACUCAAACUAUUCAACCCCAGGUGAAACCGGCAGCUUGAAAAGAAACACUCCUGGACAUAAUCAAAUUGGCACGCCGCUCAAUUUACAAUCGGCGACGCCGUCCAAUUUUACUGAAUCGGAGCAGAUGUUUUUGCAAGAACUCGAGCAGAAUAUGUACGACCACCAACAACAAUCACAGCGCCAAUUUGAUGGAAACAAUCACAGACAAGGUGGUCCUUCCAGUAGUUUCCGUUUGGAUGCCGUGGCAACACACCAACCUUUGGGCUCCGAGAUGAACCUCGAUCAGGUGAAUCGAGAAGCUCUGGAAGCUUCUUUUUCUCACCAUAAUGGCACUCCAUUGGGACACCACAAUACUGUGUCGAAUAUUUCCACGCCCAAUGGUGGAUUGCCGGUUUUACGUUCAAGUCAUCACCCUCAACAACAGCAACAGCAACAACAACAACAACAGCAACAACAGUUCGAAUUUGGGCUUGACAAUUUAAACUUUAUGAUCCCGGAAGAAUUGAAUUUUGAUACUGAGCCAGGACAUGUCUCAUCAGCAUUUCCACCUAAUAUUCCAACGGAACAAACUCCUAGCUUGCUAGCCAUAAAUGCAAUGAGGAAAGAAGAGUUGCGUAAAAAUAAUGAGUUUUCAUCGCCAAUACUACCGGGCCAAAACGAAACACUGUACAACAAGCAACACUUUUAUCACAGACAAACCUCACAAGGAAAAGUUUACACAGUAAACCAUGAAGAGAAUGACCAACAAUCUUCUCAACCACAACACGUGCGACCAGAUGCCGUCUUCACUCCUUUAGUGAGUCCGGCUGUCACUCCAUUGGAUAAAGGUGCUAAUGGGUCUUCAUUUAACCACAAGCCGCAACCACCAGCAAAUAUAAAUUUUGAGCCAUUGACAUCACCGGCAUUGAACGCACAAGCAUCGGAUAAAAGAAGAAAGUCAAGUUCAGUCUAUGCUCCAACGUCAGACGACCAUAAACAAAACAAGAGAAGAACUCCCCAUGGUACGCCAAUCCUUCUUGCUAGCAAUAAAAGCUAUAAUUCUCCCUCGGUCAAGGCCAAAUCGGUUACACCAUUAAAUACUGAUCAACUUGAGAAAUUGCCUCAAUCGUCAGUAGCGGAAGUAAAGACGGAGACGAAUGACACAGAGAUGUUGCCACCCAGUGGCAAACCAAGAGAGAUAAACGAGCCACCUUUGAUGGGGUUUACAAUGGGUAAAUUGGCUGAGAAGGAACAAAAUCAACCCAAGGGAAAGAAACAACCAAAGAGGAGUAAAUCAAUCUCACGCAAGCCAUCAAACUCAAUUUCCUCUUCAUCUGGAGAUAGUAGUGCCUCGUCAUCACCAAGAUUGACAAAGAAGCCUGAGAAAUUGGCUACAAAAAAGGCGUCGCAUAAAUUAGCCGAACAAGGAAGAAGAAAUAGAAUGAAUACCGCAAUAGCUGAUUUAGCAGCAUUGAUACCACAGCUGUAUCAUGAUGAAGUUAGUAUACCAUCGAAAGCAACGACCGUGGAACUAGCCUCAAGGUAUAUCCAGAAACUUCUCAGAGACAUUGAGAGAUCCAAUAUUGAAGUGGGGAAGGAAGAUGAAGAGGAAGAAAGAGGUCAUAUCGAAAGACAAGUGCAGGAAGAAGAAGAUGAUGAUGAGGAAGUGGAAGAGGAAGAAGAGGAAGAUGAAGAAAAGGAAGAGAGAAAAAGUGAGGGGAUCAUUAGAGUAAAACAAGAGAAGGAGGAGUAA